AUGGCGGAGCAAACACAGGUAACUGGCGCUACGACACCUGACGCAGAAGCACCCGACACCGGCCAGACAACCCAGCCACAGCCAAAGAAACAGACGAGAGUGCGAGGCAAGCCCCAACCAGAGAGACCUAAGAGAAGUCUAUUAUGUCUAACUUUGAAGAAUCCACUAAGAAAGCUUUGUUACGAUAUAGUGGAAUGGAAACCAUUCGAGUACAUGAUAUUAACGACUAUAUUCGCAAACUGUAUAGCGCUAGCGGUCUUCACUCCAUACCCAGCGGGGGACACUAACAACACAAACCAAAUAUUGGAAAAAGUAGAAUGGAUAUUCAUGGCGAUAUUCACAGGGGAGUGUGUUAUGAAGAUUAUCGCGUAUGGGUUUCUAUUUCAUCCUGGCGCCUAUCUCAGGAACACGUGGAACAGUCUUGACUUCACGAUAGUCACUAUUGGAAUAGUCAGUCAAAUUCUUCAGUUCAUCUCCAAAGAUCUGUUCGACGUGAAAGCUCUGAGAGCGUUCAGAGUGCUACGACCUCUACGACUGGUCUCCGGAGUGCCAAGUCUCCAAAUCGUAUUGAACUCAAUACUAAAAGCCAUGGUGCCGUUAUUCCAUAUAGCGUUUCUGGUACUUUUCGUGAUCAUCAUAUACGCUAUCAUAGGCUUGGAACUGUUUUCUGGAGUGCUGCAUGAUACGUGUUUUAAAAAUGGCACCAAUGACAUGAUAAACGAUCCAAAACCAUGUUCCCGAGACGCUGAUAUAGGCAACCAGUGCGAAAAGGGUUUCGUAUGUAAGGACUAUUGGGAGGGUCCCAAUUAUGGUAUCACCAACUUUGAUAACAUCGGCUACGCCAUGCUCACAGUGUUCCAGUGCAUCACUUUGGAAGGGUGGACGGAUAUCAUGUAUGCUAUAGCCGACGUAAAAGGUAACACGUGGGUGUGGAUUUACUUCGUGACGCUGGUUAUAUUUGGAAACUUUUUCGUCAUGAACCUCAUUCUUGGUGUGUUGUCCGGAGAGUUCUCCAAAGAAAGAGAAAAAGCAAAGAAUCGUGGUGAUUUUCAAAAGUCAAGGGAGAGGCAACAGUUUGAAGAAGAUCUCAAAGGUUAUCUCAACUGGAUCACAGUUGCUGAGGAGUUGGACCUAGAGAACGAUCAGGGACAGAAGGAGGAAGACCAGGAUGAUCAGGGUAACAAAAAAGAGAGACGGAGCAAUGACGAGACACAAAACAACAACAAUGCUAACGGAGAGCCGCCGCAGACCACCACCUGCAAAGUGUACUGUAGACGAUUUGAUAAAAUAAACCGGCGCAUGCGCAGAGCUUGCAGGAAAGCCGUCAAAUCCCAAGCAUGCUAUUGGGCGAUUAUCGUACUCGUCUUUCUCAAUACAUUGGUGUUAGCGACGGAGCAUUAUGAUCAAGACCCCUGGUUAGAUCGUUUCCAGAAUCACGCAAAUAAUUUGUUCGUUGUAUUGUUUACUAUGGAGAUGUUGGUGAAGAUGUACGCCUUGGGAUUCCAGGGCUACUUCGUGUCUCUAUUCAACCGUUUCGACUGCUUCGUGAUGGUGUGCUCCAUCGUGGAGCUCGCGCUCACACUCAGCGACACCAUCCCACAGCUGGGCAUCUCCGUGCUGCGCUGCGUGCGCUUGCUCAGAGUGUUCAAAGUCACAAAAUACUGGCGCUCUCUCUCCAACCUAGUCGCCUCUCUACUCAACUCCAUCCAGUCAAUCUUCUCUCUCCUUCUCCUGCUGUUUCUUUUCAUCAUGAUCUUCGCACUGCUCGGCAUGCAGGUGUUCGGCGGAAGAUUCGACUACGCACACGAGAUAGAGAAAGAGAGACACAACUUUGACUCUUUCUGGCAAGCUGUAUUGACUAUGUUUCAGAUAUUAACAGGCGAGGACUGGAACGUGGUGAUGUACCACGGCAUCAACGCGUACGGCGGCGUGGGAAGCCCCGGCAUGCUCGCCUCCUUGUACUUCAUCGUUAUUUUUAUAUGUGGUAACUAUAUUUUACUAAACGUGUUCUUGGCCAUCGCGGUGGACAACCUCGGCGACGCGGAGGACAUGGAUGCGGAGAUUACUAAAGAGAAAGAGGAGGCGGAAAACGCUGAAGCUGGCAACCCACAGCUGGAUGAAGAGCGGGGAGAAACAGACGAUGAAUAUGCGAAUGAAGAAGAAGGGUAUUCUAGCGAAGGGUCAGAACAUGAAUAUGAAGAAACAGGAUCUGAAGAAGAAGUGGAAGCUGAACAAGAUGAGGCUGACAACGUGAAUAAUGCUCUAGUACCUGAGGAUAAGAAACAAAAUGGUGAUAUCAAAAAAGAACCAUCACCACCAAAACGACAGCCAACAAUAUCAGCGAGACCGCGACGAUUAUCUGAAGUAGAGAUCAAAAGUCAGGAAAAGCCCAUACCAGAUGGCAGCAGCUUCUUUGUAUUUUCCAAAACUAAUUGGUUCCGAGUAACAUGUUACAAGACACAGAACAACUCCUGGUUCAAGAACAUGAUCCUGCUCUGCAUCCUGGCGUCGUCGCUCAUGCUGGCGAUGGAGGACCCAGUUGGGGGGAAGGGCAGUGAGGCCUGGAGUGAGACCCUCCGUAAAAUCGAUUACUUCUUCACAGCAAUGUUCACUAUCGAGCUGCUCUUAAAGCUCAUUACUUACGGCUUCAUUUUGCACAAAGACGCAUUCUGCAGAUCUGCCUUUAACUUACUAGAUUUACUUGUGGUCAUCGUCUCUCUUAUAUCGGCUAGUGGAUCUAGUAACGUGUCUUUCAUAAAAAUUUUGAGAGUAUUCAGAGUGUUGAGGCCUCUCAGAGCUAUCAACCGAGCGAAGGGACUCAAGCACGUAGUUCAGUGCGUGAUCGUUGCUAUUAAAACGAUAGGCAACAUUUUAUUGGUGACAAAUCUACUACAAUUCAUGUUUGCGGUUAUGGGGGUGCAAAUGUUCAAGGGCAAAUUCUAUAGAUGCACAGAUAUUACGAAGAUGACAAGUGUGGAAUGCCAAGGAUCAUAUCUAGUGUAUGAAAAUGGAGAAUUAGAGAUAAAAGACCGAGAGUGGGUAAAGAACAAGUUCAAUUUCGACAACGUCCUCAGCGGCAUGCUGACGCUAUUCACUGUUUCCACUUUUGAGGGAUGGCCGGGGUUAUUAUCUGUCUCCAUGGAUUCAAAUAAAGAGAGACACGGCCCCGUAGAGAAUUCCAGACCACUUGUUGCAUUUUUCUAUAUAAGUUACAUUAUUGUUAUAGCGUUCUUUAUGGUAAAUAUUUUCGUAGGUUUUGUCAUAGUUACGUUCCAGAAGGAAGGAGAACAAGAGUUUAAAGACUGUGAACUUGACAAGAAUCAAAGAAACUGUAUUGAAUUUGCAUUAAAAGCAAAACCAGUUAGAAGAUACAUUCCAAAGCGUCGCAUCCAGUACAAGACGUGGUGGUUCGUGACGUCACAACGCUUCGAGUAUGUCAUAUUCUUCUUCAUAGUCCUUAACACUGUGGCCCUCAUGAUGAAGUAUCAUGAUGCUAAAUAUGAAUAUAAGAGGGCUCUAGAUUAUCUAAAUAUGUUGCUAACAACAGUGUUUAUGUUGGAAUUCGUGUUCAAACUUGCUGCGUUCAGAUUUAAGAACUAUUUCGGAGACGCUUGGAACACUACAGACUUCAUCCUUGUAGUUGGUAGUAUUAUAGAUAUAGUUGUGACCCAGGUUAAUGAGAACAAACCAAUAGAUACUAUGGAGUACCCAAUCAAGAUAUCACCAGAACAGCAUAAAGAGAGCUCUUCAAACCUUUUAAAAUACAUAACAUUCUUCCGUCUCUUCCGAGCGAUGCGUCUCAUCAAGCUGCUGUCCCGUGGCGAGCGGAUACGGACUUUGCUUUGGACUUUCAUAAAGUCCUUCCAAGCUUUACCAUAUGUGGCCUUGCUCAUUGUUCUACUGUUCUUCAUCUACGCUGUGGUUGGGAUGCAGCUAUUUGGUAGAAUACGGGAAGAUGACGAGAUUAUAACGCCAAACAAUAACUUCCAAACGUUCGGCGGCGCCUUGAUGGUUUUGUUUAGAUCAGCUACGGGAGAAGCUUGGCAAGAGAUAAUGAUGGCACUCUCCCCCAACGACGACGAGCACCCCGGCGAGCCCGUCGGCUGCAUCAACCCCGCCGACGGCGAGGAGUCCUGCGGCUCCAGGCUUGCCUUCCCUUAUUUUAUAUCUUUUUCCCUACUUUGCACGUUUUUGAUCAUCAACCUCUUCGUGGCAGUCAUUAUGGAUAACUUCGAUUACCUGACUCGGGAUUGGUCCAUUCUUGGGCCGCAUCAUUUGGAUGAAUUUGUGAGGUUAUGGAGUGAAUACGAUCCAGAUGCGAAAGGCAGGAUUAAACACCUGGAUGUUGUUACGUUGCUAAGGAAGAUAAGUCCACCGUUAGGUUUUGGUAAACUCUGUCCUCAUCGUACCGCGUGUAAGCGUCUCGUCUCCAUGAACAUGCCGCUCAACUCUGAUGGAACAGUUAACUUUAACGCGACGCUAUUUGCCGUUGUUAGAACGCAAUUACAGAUUAAAACUUCAGGAGUGAUCGACGAAUGCAACACAGAACUGCGAGCCAUCAUCAAGAAGGUGUGGAAGCGCACGUCGCCCAAGCUGCUGGACCAGGUGGUGCCGCCGCCCGGCGACCCCAACGAGAUCACCGUCGGCAAGUUCUACGCCACCUUCCUCAUACAGGACUACUUCAGGAGG